AUGAAGCCCAUCUUUGCGGUUCCUUUGGUUGUCCUGCUCGUCGGGCGAGCCUGGCAGAGGAACUCGCUGACGCCCGCCGGCCUCGUGGCUGGCGCUCUGUCGGCCAUUGCCCAUGCCUACCACCCGUGGAACUUGCCCCUUGUCCUCCUCAUUGUCUUUUUCCUCGCUGGAACGCGCGUCACACACGUCAAGGAAAACGUCAAAGCCGCCUUGACUGUCCACUCAAGGGGCACGUCUGGGGGAGAAGGACCCCGGACACAUGUCCAGGUUUUCGCCAACUCGCUCAUGGGCUCCAUCCUCUCACUACUGCAUGCCUACCAGCUCCGGUCGAGGGCAGCCGCCUACGCCAGCCCCGACGCGCCCAACCCCCAGGGCACCAUGUGUUUCUCGUGGGGAGGUGACAUUCUCAUCGUCGGGCUCAUCGCAAACUACGCCGCCGUCGCCGCCGACACGUUUAGCUCCGAGCUCGGCAUCCUGUCGAGCAGCGAGCCGCGACUCAUCACAUCGCUGACCCUGCGCAAAGUGCCCCGAGGGACAAACGGGGGCGUCACACUGAUGGGGCUCGCGGCAGGUCUGUUUGGCUCCAUGGUGAUUGUGACGACGGCCAUGCUGUUCCUGCCGGCGUGUAGCCCUGAAACGGCAUCCACACUGGGAGGCGGCAUGCCGUGGACGACGCAGCAGCGCAGGGUGUUUAUGGGCUUCAUGGUCGUGUGGGGGACGCUGGGCAGCGUGCUCGACAGCUUCCUCGGAGCGACGCUGCAGCGAUCCGUCAGGGAUGUGCGCUCCGGCAAGAUUGUCGAAGGCGAGGGCGGCAACCGCGUUCUGGUGUCGAGCGACGCCGAGAGGGUAGUCGGCGGCUCGACGAAGCGGGCGGAUGCGAAGGCGGCGGCGCUCAGCGGACAAGGCAAAGAAGCAAUGGCGAAACUAGAUGCCUCUGCCGUGGACGACGAGCAAGAGACAGCGGCAAGACCUGGGCCGGGUCCCAAGCAUCGCAAGUCGAGCUUUACGGAUGAGCGGCCGUCAAGGGUCAUCGAGAGCGGCUGGGACCUGCUGGACAACAACGACGUCAACUUCCUCAUGGCGUCGAUGAUGAGCGUGGGCGGGAUGGCAGUGGCGAGCUGGUAUUGGGGCGUGCCCAUGGAGAACGUCAUCAAGCCCUGA